UUCAGUUCUUAAUAUUUAUUUUUAGUACUAACUGCGCGUCGCGAUAAUUCAACCCAUAACGUUUGAUUUGAUUGAAAUAUCUACAUACCAUUCCCAUAUUUGUUUAGAUAUUUUUCCGCAAUAAAUACUAGCAAUAAAGUUCACUUUAUAACUUUUUAAUUAUGAGCGUGUUGCUUGCCGAUGUAGAACCACCUACAUACUAGUAACAAAUGAGCGGAUGAUCAUCAGUCUUAGUAAUUCCUUCGAAUUAUCUACACCCGCUUGCUUAAGUGACGCGCUUCCAUUGAAAAUGAAUAUAUUGGCACUCAUUCUGUUUUCACUAGUUAUAGUAGGUGCUUUUUCGGCAAAGAAAGCCCCAUGUACGGAUCUAUGCACGCUCGAAGAUUGGCCGGUUUGUGGCAUGGAGGGUGCUCGGAAGCAAACCUUUCCCAAUUAUUGCGUUUUACAAAUGGAAAAUUGCCUAAAAGGAACGAACUUUCGAAAAAUUAAGGAUGGAGAGUGUUGAAACAAGAAGUGGAUUACCAAUUUCUCAGUUUCAACAUGUGAAGGGAAGAGUGUGACAAAAUUAAAAGGAUUAUAAACAAAA